UUUUGUUCAAUAUGGAUAACAAUAACACGAGAGUUUCCAGUCGAAAAUGUAGUUUCGAUGCGGCUUUAGAGUUAACCGGCUUCGGGAAAUACAACAUAGCAAUGCUCAGCUCGUGUUGCCUCCUAAUCCUAGCCAUGUACCUGGACAUAUUCGGCUUCUCGGUGAUACUGCCAGCGGCGGCGUGUGACCUGGCGCUCUCUACCAGUCAGCAGGGUUUGCUGUCUGCCGUGCCUCUCAUAGGUGUAAUGGUGUCUUCAUACGCAUGGGGCUUAUGCGCGGACACUCGCGGCCGCCGCUGGACCCUGCUACUGGCGAUGCCCAUUGGAGCAGUUCUCAAUCUGGCUGCAAGCAUGGCUCCUGGUUACCGGAGUCUGGCGAUACUGAAGUUCCUCUCUGCUGGAUUUACAUCUUCAGCGAAUGCAGCAGCCUUUGUUCUGGUUGGUGAGACCACACCCGCGAGACAUCGAAGUCGCUUUAUGUUCCUCAUGGCCAGUGCCACCAUGCUGGUGCAGUUCAUCAUUUGUGUAUUUGCGAUCCCAGUCUUCAGCCUGACCUUCCGCUACCCCAUCUCCUGGCUCUCCCUGGACUACCGGCCCUGGCGGCUGCUGAUGCAGAUCAUCAGCGUCCCCGGCAUCAUCGGCUGCCUGGGCAUGCUGGUGCUGCUGGAGAGCCCCAAGUUCCUGCUCAGCAAGGACCGGGAGCAGGAGGCGGUAGAGGUGCUGAGGAGCAUGCAUGCGUGGAAUGAGACUGGGAAGAAGUUUGCUAUGGACGUGGUGUACAUGGAAGAGUCCAUCCAAACGGAAGCUUCAUCAUUUUUCCGUCGAAUGUGGCAGCAGACGGCGCCACUGUUCAAGCCGCCACUGCUCAGGAACAACUUGAAACUGUACUACAUUCUACUGUGCGCGUAUAUGACGUCCACGGGCUACACGAUGUGGGUGCCAACAAUGACGAACGCGUACUUCAACGGUGACGACAGCUCUGGGCAGGCCUUCUGCACUGUGGCGAGUAAGGCCGCUUCGUCUUCUGCCUCCGAAUCAACAGACUGCGAUAAUGUAAUUCAAUCUCUCACUCUCUACGCCGUGAUGUGUUACUCCGGAGCAUCAGGAACUCUCAAUGUCCUGCUCUCGUUCGUGGUUGGUCCGCUUGGAAAGAAAAGGACGACUCUAUUAGUUUUUGUCAUCUCUGCAGUAGCAGGAGUCACCCUGCUGUUUGUGAAAAUUCCACUUUUGAGCAUUGCCUUGUUCUAUAUAUUUUUGUAUGUGGCACUGAUAUUGGGCAAUGUUAAUACUUACUUGGUGGAGUUGAAUCCCACAUACUUAAGGGGUAUGGCAACUUGUUUAUCGGUGGUUGUAGCGCGAGGGUUCGGCUUCUUCAGUGUGCAGCUCAUCGCCCAGCUACUAGCAGACUACUGUACUCCUAUGAUAAGUGGUUACGUAGUGCUGGUUGCAAGUGGUCUAGUCGUUGCAUUUUUCCUCCCUGCAGAUGUGAAAAAGAAAGAUCACAAAAUAAUGGAAAGUCCGAUAGAGGAAGAGAAAACCAAAUUGUAG